UAAGUCUUAGGUCAGUCUAUCGCAGCAUUCGAAGAUGCAUACAAAGCUCUUACUAGUAUUCGCUUUCGCGAGUGUUGUAUCCAGUCACGAUGUAUUGAUCGGGUCUGGUACGGGAGGAAGAAAAAUAUUCGACGAAAUAAGACAAGCGAAUCCGGCGAUUUGGAGGCAAAUUGAAAAUGUUACCAUUAUAGCACCGGACAAUGAAGUUAUCAGCAAAGUCAUCGUUACGGACAUGAGGCCAGAAAAGGAUGGUGAUGUGCAAAUUGUGGAUGGCGGUGAUGGAAUGAAAAGUGUUACCAUAGAACUUAAAAGUCCAACGGUUUUGCGCGGUUAUGAAUUUCACCUCGAAGUAUAUACUGUACCAGAGACCAAAUUAAGUGAUGCUGAAGAACACCUAUACCCAGAGUCUCCGUCGACGACUGAUAAAAUCGAUUUACCUGAAACAAGUGAAGCGACAUCACAUGAAAAAGAUGGCAGUGGUGAAGACGAAGUGCCUGAAAUGCCUGACAACGCAGACAAAACAACUGAAUUACCUGAAAGCACGACGAACCAAGAUAUUCCUGCAUUAAUGGUAGGAAAGGUGGUGGAUGGUGAUAUUUUAAGACCGGCUCGUGAAGCAAGUGAUGAAAAUAAUCCUCAAAUAUCUCAAUCUGAAGAUAAUUUAAACGUACACCCAUCUAUUAUUGCCAGUGAAGAUGAUGAAACGACUACUGAAAAUGUAAGCACAGAAAUAACCACCGAGGCAGAAAUGACAACGAAAUUAGAUGAAAGUGAAGUUAUUACAGCAGCACCUGAAUCUUUCGACAAUAGUAAAAACAUUCCUGAUUAUCCAUCGUUAAGCAUCUUAGAUUAUAUAAAAAGUAAAGAGGGAGCCAGACCGAUUCGGCGUACGGAUGAUGAGACAAAUGAAUCGAAUGAAGAUACAACCACAACUGAAAAAAUAGUUGAAAAUACGGACAAUGUGGAUACAUCUUACAUGUUACCUACAUUAGAACCUAGUUCAUCGUCACAAGACAAUAACGACGACACUGCUGACUUGGUACCUCCGGAGGAAACUAAUUAUAAUACCGGAUUUUCUUUAAACAACGAAAGCACUGAAAAACCCGCCGUCGAAGUUUCCACAGAUAUUUAUAAUAACAGACCUAGAGGAGGCCGUGGCUUAGACUUCGAGGAUUCACAAGAACUAUUUACUUCGACCACAAUGAAUGCUAUUGAGUUGAGUACUUCGGUAAUUAAUAAUGCAGAUAGUGAAAAUAGUACAACAGAAGCGACGAUUGAUGAACAAUUAAGAAACGCUCGCGAAACGGACGUUGUAGAUAACAACGUUAACGGGCUGGAUACUACGAUAGAUUCGAACCAAAACGAACAAAUACCUUUAUGUAGAGCACCUAAUGAAAGUGAUAAAUCAUCCAAUAACCUCACUCCUAAUAUAAUUAUAGUUAACGGAGAACAAUUGACAUUGACACCAGACAGCAAUCACAAACUGCAGUACGGAAUACCGAUCGUUCUCAUCAUAGGCAGUGACACAAAUAUUCCCACGAUCAAAAUCAUUGCAGAAGGCGCUAUUGACGAUGAUAAAAACACAAAUGUGUUUCCAUCUGCCGAUAAUUCUAUGGAUGAUUACGAACCAGUACCUGAAGACAAAUUAAAUGACUCUCAAGAUAGAGAAUUUUCAGAAGACGAAUUUAUUCCAAAACCAGUAAUGAGUUUUGAAUAAAACUUUUGUAGACUUACAUUAUUUAUUAUGUUUGUAUUGAGUAUUUUGUGAUACCUUAUUUAUAUUCAUAAUGUUACGAAAUAAAUCAAUUCAUGUUAUA